UCUCUCUUAGCCACCUAAGGCACUUUCCCGAUAGGAGGAAAAAUACAGAGGGAAAUGCAAAUAUGAAGGAUAAGUUCAUAAGACUUAUUGGUGGGUCACAGAGCAAAUGGCUCGAAAAUCUCAGACGGCCAAACAAGGUGGAGUAAGCAAACGAAAAGAAAAGCAGUUCACAGCAUAAGACAGAGAGAGAGAGAUGGGAUAAGGAGAAGCAUAAUUAGCCGUAUCUCUAGUCCACUGAAAACCAUAUCGCAGUGCAAUGGCUUUAGCCACUGCAACCUCAUUCCCCACAUUUUUCCCCUCAAAAAACUAUGCCCAACCGGCCAUUAUACUCUCACCCACCUUAUUCUCCCACCCCAACAAUUCAAAAUCACAUCUUUUUGUAUCCCAUCCCAAAUGUGGUGGAAAACUGUUUACCCCUUUCAGUGGUCUCGGUCUACUUGGCUUCUGUUCAAGACAGAGGUUUAUGAGAAAGGAUAAAAAGGGCAAAAGGAGAUUGAGGGGCAUUUAUGCUUCUCUCUUUGGAGUUGGAGCUCCAGAAGCAUUAGUUAUUGGGGUUGUGGCUUUGCUGGUAUUUGGUCCCAAGGGUCUUGCUGAGGUUGCCAGGAAUCUUGGAAAAACAUUACGUGCCUUCCAACCAACUAUACGAGAACUUCAGGAUGUGUCACGGGAAUUCAAAACCACACUUGAACGGGAAAUCGGAUUGGAUGAAGUUCCUACAUCAAUGAAAAAUAAUGGCAAUUCGACCUCACCAUACAUGAACAACCAACAACCUAUGGAAAACCCAAGUGUCUCUCCUACUGCCCAGAGACCGUAUUCAAGCGAAGAAUAUUUGAAGGUUACUGAAGAACAGAUAAUAGCAUCUGUUGCCAAACAACAAGAGCAAACAUCCAGAUCCCAAGGACGCACCGAAGGAGCACCGACUGGAUAUGACAUCCCUCAAUCUAAGAAGGUGGAAAGCAACAACUUUGCUGAAGACUGAUGAAGCAAAUACUUGGCAUGCCCUGGAAAUUUGAAUCAUGCCCCGCACGCUCACUCUCUCUCUCUCUCUCUCUCUCUCUCUCUAUAUAUAUAUAUAUAUAUAUAUAUGCACACAGUAGCAAUUUUCAUGUCCUUUUUGUUUCUUUUUUCCAAGGUGUCUCUCUUGAGCGUUGUAAAUCUUUUUGCUAUUAUUUCUUUUUGCUCCAAGGAGGUAUUGUAACUUGUAAGGUUUGUGAAAUUUCCAAGGAGGAUUUGUAACAUGUAAGGUUUAUGAAAUUUAGUAAAACUGACCCAAAAUACAGACAUAUUACCAGGAAA